AUGGCAACAGCUCAAUCUGAAACAAAACGUUAUUUAAUCGAAGAAAAAUAUUUAUCAUUAGAUAAUAGAUUUACUAUUACAGAUGAUUCGGGAAAUAUUCAUUAUAAAGGUAAUUCAAUAUUCUUUGCAAUAGGUGAUAAACUUGUACUUACUGAUGAAAAUGGAAAUGAGGUAAUUAGAAUUCGUCAAGAAAAUUUUCAUAUUCGUCCAACAUAUAGAUUAUAUUCUGCUCGUUUGGAUGGUACUGAACGUCAAAUAGCAUUAAUAAAAAGAACUGGUCCAUUACGACAACAUAAAUUAGAAAUUAGUUCUGAUAAUGGUGAAUAUAUAUUACAAAAACAAGGUGGUGUAUCCUCUAAAGAAUUUACUUUAAUAAACGAUGAUAAUACGAUAGCACUUAUAACAAAAGACGCUUCGCCUACAAAAAGUUUUUAUUGGGUAGAUAUUAAAGAUAACAAAGAAAAUCAUUCUUUUAUAUUAGCUAGUGUGAUUGUUCUUGCAUGUGUAGAACGUUCACCAAGUGGUCAUAUAUUAAUGCCACGUUGA